AUGUCGGCCCACCUAAACGCUUCUCAUACUGCCUCUCGACAGACCGCAAGGCCAACGGACAACAAUAAAAAACGCAUCAUUGAGACAAUCCCAUGCGCUCCAAAUUCUACCUCCUUCAAUAUCGCUCCUUCAGGCAAUUCGUUGAACCAAGCCGCUCUACCUCCUCAUAAUCAGGCUCACGCAUACAUCGACCCGAGGUAUCUGAAUGGUGGUCGCUUCCUCGAUCUUACGUGCCAGUACCCAGGGAAUGCUGGAAGCGAGUACAAUAUGCCGAACGCCUUGGAGAACUGGGAUUUCGUGACCGCGGUGCAGCCAGGUCUCGCGCCCCGGGGCCAAUAUUACCAAGCCGGCACACAACAGGAAGCUAUUCCCUGGAAUACCUUCGCCGUCCCAGUAGUAAUGACACCAUUGAACAGUCCAGACAACAGUCCUGUGGAAGGGAAUACCCCUCUCCGGUGCGGCUGGGCGAACUGCACGGACAGACCAACCUUCAAUAGAUGGGGGGACUUGAGCAGACACAUCAAGACCAUUCAUGUGUUUCCUGAUUCCUAUGUAUGUGAGGUCUGCGAUCACACGUUCAAUCGGAAGGACAACCUCAGGGAGCAUCAGUUGCGGACCCAUCGAUUCUAA